ACGCAGACGCGCAGUUUGAUUCUGACGCCGCUGUGAUGGUGGAAACUCCGCCGCCUCCGUCCACAGGGGGGCGCCAUAACCAGCCAGGCGUGAAACGGAUGUUGGGGAGUCACCUGCGGCUGCACGGGAAGCGGCGGAUCCACCCGUGUAACAUCUGCGGGAAGGAGUUCAACCACAGCUCCAGCCUGUCGCGCCACCGCCUCAUCCACAAGAAGGGGAAGGGGAUCCCCAAGGACGCCGCUCUCGGCCCCAACAUGGCCGCCCUGCGCCACUCGCUGAAGGCCAGCGCCAAGAACAAGAAGACCAAGAGGCAGCAGCAGCACGUGGCGACCGCCGCGGUCAUCCAGAGCCAGGGCGGCGACAAGUUCUACGCCUGCCCACAGUGUGACAUGAGCUUCAGGACGUCCACGCAGCUGUCCAAACACCAGGUGACGCACGUCAAGGAGCUGCUGGACAACUACACGCCCGGCAAGGAGAACCUGGGCGAGACCUCGUCGGACCUCAAGAUCCGCCUCAAGCUCUGCUCCCGCGACAAGCCCAACUUCUACACCCUCUGCAAGAAGAACCGCCGCCGCCGGGGGGGACGGGCCGCAAAACGGGGCCCCACCCACAGGGCAGUGGAUGGCGGCGGGCGGGCGAAACUACAGCAGCAGCACCACCAAAAGAGCGGACUCCCCGCCGCAAAGGCCAAGACCUACACCUGCGCCGCCUGCGACAAGACCUUCAUGCACUCAUCCAGCUUCUCCCGCCACAAGAAGGCCCACCUGGAGGAGGAGCAGCGAGCCCGGGCCGCCGCCGCAAAGCGCCGGAAGAGAGUCGUCCUCGAUGAGACCGCUCCGUUGGAGUCCGACUCAGAGUGA